GGGCGGGCCGGCGGGGCGCCCGGAAGUGACGCGGGGGGCGGGCCGGCGGCCGGAAACCACGGGCGGCGGCGAUGGCGGACGGCAGCGGGCGCGCCGGCAAGAGCGGCGGCGGCGGCGGCGCGGGCCGGGCGGGGGUCUCGGCCGAGCAGGUCAUUGCCGGCUUCAACCGGCUGCGGCAGGAGCAGCGGGGCCUGGCGUCCAAAGCGGCCGAGCUGGAGAUGGAGCUGGGUGAGCACAGCCUGGUGAUCGACACCCUGAAGGAGGUGGACGAGACGCGGAAGUGUUACCGCAUGGUGGGUGGGGUCCUGGUGGAGCGGACGGUGAAGGAGGUGCUGCCCGCCUUGGAGAGCAACAAGGAGCAGAUCCAGAAGAUCAUCGAGACGCUGACGCAGCAGCUGCAGGCCAAGGGCAAGGAGCUGAACGAGUUCCGGGAAAAACACAACAUCCGUCUCCUGGGCGAGGACGAGAAGCCCGCGGCGCCCGCGCCCCCCGACGGGCCGGGCCCCAAGGGCGGCUCGGCGGGGGUCCUGGUCUCCUAGGCCGCCCCCCUGCCCGCCUCUCCGUCUCUCA